CCUACACACAGUUAUGGUUGAGGAACUGUAUGCGUUACGCUGGUUAUUUCUGACCAAGAGGAAACGAAAACUUCUCUUUCUUAGCAUCCUUUCGUUGUUGGUAAAUAUAUAUAUAUAAUUAUAACAGAGCAACAAUGUCGCAUUUUGUAACAACUCGGUAUAAUUAUACCUAGCGUUGAGUGUUAGCUCAAAUUUAUGUCUACAGCUCUUUUAAAGAGUGUUACGUAUAUGGCGUUGUGUAAACCGUGUCCAGUUUUGUGAAGAGGACCCGCGCUCAGAUAAGCGCUCUGACGCUCUGCAAGCGCUCAGGAAACAGUUGUUCUACUGUUUUCGUCCAUGGAAAUCUCGUCGAUCCUUGGUGUUCGUCUGUCCUUAAAGCAACGAUAUUUUCUCCUGCUUUGCAUCGGUGCUCUGGCAAUAGUUGCUUAUCAAAUUACAAGAGACCAUCCACAAAGAGCAAGAAUGAAGCGCGGAGAAGGACUGAGAGCCAACUCUUCACAGUUCAGCUUGGAGAAACAACCCUUCCGCAUCCUGGGAGGCUCUGUCCAUUACUUCCGUGUCCCCAGGACCUACUGGGAGGACCGACUGCUGAAGAUGAAAGCUUGCGGCAUCAACACUCUUACAACCUAUGUACCAUGGAACCUGCAUGAACCAGAGCGAGGGGUGUUUGACUUUGAGGAGGAUCUGGAUUUAGAAGCCUACCUUCGCAUUGCAGCCAGCUUGGGCCUCUGGGUGAUUUUGCGCCCUGGGCCAUACAUCUGUGCUGAAUGGGACUUUGGUGGACUGCCUAGUUGGCUGCUAAGAGAUCAAAAUAUGAAGCUGAGAACGACCUACUCAGGAUUCACAGAUGCAGUCAACUCCUUUUUUGAUGAACUCAUAAAGAGAGUUACUCCAUAUCAGUACUCCCAGGGUGGCCCGAUCAUAGCAGUUCAAGUUGAGAAUGAAUAUGGCUCCUACGCUAAAGAUGAUAAGUACAUGCCUUUCAUAAAGGAGGCAUUAUUGUCCAGAGGCAUCACAGAGCUGCUCCUGACCUCUGACAACAAGGACGGUCUGAAGCUCGGAGGAGUGAAAGGAGCACUGGAAACGAUCAAUUUCCAGAGACUGGACAUAAACGAGAUCAAGUAUCUGGAUGAAAUUCAACCUCAGAAACCUAAGAUGGUUAUGGAGUACUGGUCUGGCUGGUUUGAUCUCUGGGGAGGCCUUCAUCAUGUGUUCCCUGCUGAGGACAUGGUCUCGGUUGUCAGAGAAAUCCUGAAGCUGGACAUGUCAAUCAACCUGUACAUGUUUCAUGGAGGGACCAAUUUUGGCUUCAUGAAUGGUGCAUUUGCUGUUGGGCUGCCAGCACCUGAACCCAUGGUGACAAGCUAUGAUUACGAUGCUCCAUUAUCCGAGGCCGGGGAUUACACCACCAAGUAUCAUCUUCUGAGGAAUUUAUUCAGCAGCUACCACAACCAACCACUUCCUGAACUACCUGCCACUCAAGAAAGGAGAGCCCAUCAGUCUAUUGUCGUCCAGCAGCAUCUCUCUCUUUGGGACAGUUUCCAUUCAACUGAAAGGCCUUUCAAAUCUGAGAGGCCAAUAAACAUGGAGAACCUCCCUGUCAACAACAAUAAUGGCCAGUCCUACGGCUACACACUGUAUGAGACGGUCAUCACCAGCGGAGGAACUCUCAACUCAAAGAACAACAUCAGAGACAGAGCACUGGUUUUUGUGGACAAACAAUACGUUGGUAUUUUGGACUAUAAGGUGCAGGAACUUGUAAUACCUGAUGGGAAGGGAAGCAGAACUCUGGGCUUUCUGGUGGAGAACUGUGGAAGGGUGAAUUAUGGGAUGACUCUGGAUGAGCAGCGCAAAGGUCUUGUUGGUGAUGUUGAGUUAAACUUGAACGUCCUCCGAGGCUUCAUUAUUCAUAGUUUGGAUAUGAAACCAGGCUUUGUAAAAAGCCUUCAUACUACAGGCUCCUGGGUGCCUAUGCAGCAGCAGCCUUCAUUCCCGGCCUUUUUUCAGGGCAAACUUUACGUGAACAGCUCUCCUAAAGACACCUUCAUCAAACUUCCCGGAUGGACCAAAGGGGUUGUGUUUAUAAAUGGCAGGAAUUUGGGACGAUACUGGUCUAUUGGACCGCAACAAACACUUUAUGUCCCAGGGCCGUGGCUUCACAGAGGAGACAACCAGGUCAUGGUGUUUGAAGAGCAGGAAGCAGAUGGUAGACUCCAGUUCACCAACGGCCCUGACUAUGGCAUGACUGUUGAUGUCCAGUGAGGAUAAGAGGAGAGCGUAUGCUAAGGAAGCAUGAGCAGAGCAGACAUGACUGCUGUUGGUUAUGUUUACAUGGAUCUGGACCGCCUGCCCUGAUCAGCAGCACCAAGGUGUCAAGAAAACUUUUAAUUGAUUUUCCUAGUUUGUCUUACCGGUCAUAUUCAUGGCAUGUUGUUAUAUUUAGUUGACAGGUAUCAUUCAGUCUUUGUUGAAAAGAUAAAUCAAUAAAGUCUGGUUUGCCCUCUGUUUGUAACCAAGGCCAGGGAAGCUUGUGAGCUAUUUAUUUUUUCUCCAUCCCUUCCUGCCUCAUCCUUUGAUGAUGCUCUGAAAGCCUCUGCAGGGAAAUCAAGGUUACAAAAUCGCUUUGAGGGUGUUUUUUUUUCUUUUCUUUUUUUUUGUAAACUUUACACCAUGAUGCUCGUUUCUUGAAAUAUUUUUGCUGCGGUUGUUUUUGACUAAAAAACCCUUUAGAUAUCUGUCUGAUUCCAACUACCUUACAGUGCUUUUAAAAAAGUAUUCACAUCUCUGAAGCAAAAACUUUCAUUGUAUUUUAUUGGGAUUUUAUUUGAUAACAGUAGUGCACAGUUGUAAAGUGGAAGAAAAUAAUACACGAUUUUUUUGGCCCAAUGAAUUUAUGAAAAGUAUGGCAUGUUUAUGUAUUCAACAGCUCUGAGUAAAUACUUUGUAGAACCUUUUAACAGCAGCAGCGUUUUCACUUGAUGGAUUGGACUGUGCUCUGUGAAAUGUCCAAAUCUAGGAUCAAAGGGAUCGCAACACACAUAGACUCAACAGUUUUACUGGAAAACCUCAUAUUCUUUUCCUUUCACUUCACAACAUAAAAUUUUGUGCCAGGCAACACAUAAAAUCCCAGUGAAAUAUGUCGAAGUUUGUGGUUGUAGUGUGAGGAAAAAAAUGGUAAAAAAUUCUGAGGUAAUGAAUAUAUUUGGAAUCCACUUGUAGCACCUUUUAUAUUAUUAUUAAUUAAACAGAUGCAAAAAGUACUUUAGUUAAUAAGUAAUGAAGUGAUAAAUACUAGAUGACAAUUCAGAUUCGCUAUCUCUGUGUUGUAAAAAAAAAAAAAA